AUGGACCUGUUGCCAUGGCAGUUCGCGGCCUUGCUUGCUCUACUCUUAAUUCUUUUCAUUACUCCUUUCUACUCUCUAAUAAGCACAGGCCACAAAAGUGUUGUCACGAAAAACUUACCUCCACAGGCAGCCGGGGGAUGGCCUGUAAUCGGUCACCUGCGUUUGCUCUCCGGGCCCGAGCUACCUCACAUAAUCUUGUCAAACAUGGCAGACAAAUACGGCCCGAUGUUCACAUAUGAGCUACGAUUUCGCCAUGUUCGGCCUCGGGAAAUACGGUCCGUACUGGCGGGGUACGAUUUCGCCAUGUUCGGCCUCGGGAAAUACGGCCCAUACUGGCGGGAGCUUCGCAAGAUUUCCGUGCAGAAGCUGCUGUCGAACCGCAAGAUUGAAACGCUUGGACAUUUGUGCGUAACCGAAAUCAGGGCCCUGAUGAAAUCGUUGUAUAAUUCAUGCACCGACAACGGCGACCGGAAGGCGCCUUCGUCGCUGGAGAUGAGGAAGUUGUUCCGGGACCUGAGCGUGAACGUGAUGGUGAGAGUAGUUGCGGGGAAUACUGUAGGGGGUGAGAACAAGGGCUCGAGGGAGAUUAAUCAAAAAUGGCAUGAGACAAUAACGAAGUUCUUGGGGGCGAUGGGGGUUCUGACAGUACCUGAUGUGCUCCCGUAUUUGAAGUAG